UGAGUGGGCACUGAAAGGGCAUCUCGGUUAAUGAGUGAGAGAAUGAUAUUAUACACAGUUCACAUGGAUAGUGGUUCCUAUAUAAACGUGGAAUUCCCUUGGCAGUCAGGACUGCCAUCCCUGAACACUUCUCACCUGGAGAGGAGAAUUAAACCUCGACCUUUUAAUCAGGUAUUUAUCCAGACAUCAUGUCCUCCCGGCCAAUCAGAAUCAUUUCAACUGGAACUGGACAAAUGGGCAGCUUCAAUGGGAUCAACCUGCACAGCUCCAGAGCGUCAGAGUGUGCGGAGUGCGACAUGGGCUCUACCGUGGACCUCAUCAGCAGCUGUUCCCACUUACACUCCAGUGGUCCUGGAUCUCCAUCCCACGAAGCCUGGGACAGCGGAAGACUUCCAAAAAUCCAAGUGCUGCCUGAGGCUCCUCAUAGAGAAAAGACAAGAAUGAAGUCACUCUUCAUCAGCGUGAUGAAAAUUCCACUCCUCUUUUUCCUCCUCUACUGCUUCGUCUGCUCCCUGGACACCUUGAGCUCUGCCUUUCAGCUGGCUGGCGGUAAGGUGGCAGGAGAUAUCUUCCAGGACAACGCCAUUCUGUCGAAUCCAGUGGCUGGGCUGGUGGUUGGAAUUCUGGUCACUGUGCUGGUUCAGAGUUCCAGCACAUCCACAUCCAUCAUCGUCAGCCUCGUCUCCUCUGGACUGUUGGAAGUGAAGUCUGCUGUUCCCAUAAUCAUGGGCUCAAACAUUGGCACAUCCGUCACCAACACCAUUGUAGCUCUGAUGCAGGCUGGAGAGAGGAGCGAAUUUAAGCGGGCGUUUGCGGGAGCUACCAUCCACGACUGCUUUAACUGGCUGUCAGUGCUGGUGCUGCUGCCUCUGGAGGUGGCCACUGGACUGCUCAGCUUUCUGGCCCGGGCUGUGGUCAGCAGCUUCCAACUGCAGAGCGGAGAGGAAGCCCCGGAGCUGCUGAAGGUCAUCACUGACCCUGUCACUAAACUCAUCAUACAGCUGGAUAAAUCUGUGAUAACGGGCAUCGCUUUGGGAGCUGAGCACAUGAGGAAUCGCAGUCUGGUGAAAGUGUGGUGUGGGAGCAGCGUUCACACGCCAUCGGCAAAUGAUUCUCUGAAUUGCUCCUCUGUGUUUGAUUGCAAGACGGCUCUCACCUCACAAGGCACUGCAGAGAGAUGCUAUCAUCUAUUUGUGAACACAAACCUGUCGGACUUGACUGUGGGUUUGAUUCUGCUGGCUGUCUCUCUGCUGGUGCUGUGCUCCUGUCUCAUCCUCAUCGUCAAAGUCCUCAACUCGGUCCUUAAAGGACAAGUGGCCAAAGUUAUUCAAGUCAUUAUCAACACAGACUUCCCUUAUCCUUUCAGCUGGCUCUCGGGAUAUGUGGCUAUGUUCGUCGGAGCAGGAAUGACUUUCUUAGUUCAGAGCAGCUCAGUUUUCACCUCUGCGAUGACACCUCUCAUUGGGCUUGGAGUGAUCACUCUGGAGAGGGCGUACCCUUUGACUUUGGGCUCCAACAUCGGCACAACCACCACGGCCAUCUUAGCUGCUCUGGCCAGCCCAGGAGACAAACUGCCUGCUGCCUGUCAGAUUGCACUGUGCCACUUCUUCUUCAAUGCGUUUGGGAUCUUGCUGUGGUAUCCCCUGCCCUUCAGCCGAUUGCCCAUCCGCAUGGCAGCUGCGCUGGGUGAGCGCACGGCUAAGUACCGCUGGUUCGCCGUGCUCUACCUGUUGCUGUGCUUUCUGCUGCUGCCCUCGCUCGUCUUCGGCCUCUCUCUGGCCGGCUGGCAGGCCAUGGUGGGUGUGGGGGCACCUUUCGCCGGAGUCGCGGCCUUUAUAGUCCUGGUAAACCUGCUGCAGUCUCAUAGCCCCGCCCAUCUGCCCAAAAAACUGCGCAGCUGGGAGUUCCUGCCACCCUGGAUGCAUUCCCUCAAACCCCUGGACAAGCUCAUCACCAAUACAACAGCCAUGUGCUGCAGCUCUGCCCGGUCCACCACAGUGGCCACUGUUGACCCAGAAGCCCCUGGUAGCCCUGAUACCACCAAUGUAAAGUCAGCGUCAGUGAUAUUCCAGGGGAAAGUUCAACUAGCAUUCGACAACCCUGUACUGUCCUAUCAGGACGAGUCGCCUCCACAGCCACGGGUCUUCAAGCUGAAGGGGCUAGAACGCUGCAAUAGCACGCCCUUGUAGAACUGAACUGACCACUCUUUUUGCUUCUCAGGGUCCACAGUAAUUGACCCUUGACAUAUUUUAGACUUUCUGAAUUGGACCUUAAUUUUAAAGGGCCCAUAUUUUGCUUUUUUAUAUUUUAUUUUUCCUAAUAUUUAUGUGGUUUUAUGUGUCUAAAUCAGUCAUGAUCAAUUGUUACAUGACUAUUAAACUGUUGUUAUUACUGUGCCUUUUAGAUUGGUAUAUGUAAAUGAUCUCUGUUCUGAUUGGCUGCCCUGUAUUGUGCCUCAUUGAAAAAGCACUCAGAGCUGAAAUCUUCCUUACAACGUGAAU